ACACACCGUCUCUGUGCAGAUUAGCAGUGAAACCCCGUAUCAGGAUCUUGCCCCUUUUCGCUUUCUUUUUCUUAAAUCUUCCGUUUCCAACAUGCUGUAAGAAGAACACCUGCGGACAUGCGCCUCUUGAAUAUUGAAACCCUCAAGCUCGAGGAGUUCGUCGCAGAUCCUCCCCCAUACGCCAUCCUCUCUCAUGCGUGGGAAGCCGGCGAGGUGACGCUUCAGGAUCUUGAUCGCCCCGAUGUGUUGGCUUUGAAACCCGGAUGGACGAAGAUUGUCAACUUCUGCGCUUUUGUCAACCGUUGCCGCAAGGGCAAUCGUCAUGCCGAGUUGGCCGACGAGUCGAUGAGCCCAGUACGGUAUAUAUGGGUCGAUACUUGCUGCAUCGACAAGACAAGUACUGCGGACCUCUCGGAGUCCAUCAACUCCAUGUUCCAAUGGUACCGCGAUGCCGCCGUCUGUUUCGCUUACCUCUCCGACGUUCAGUGCCCGGAGGGACAGCCAUCAGUCACUUUCGAGCAGUCCAGAUGGUUCACGAGAGGCUGGACCUUGCAGGAGCUGCUGGCCCCGAAAAGUCUGGAAUUCCUGGACGGCUCCUGGCGCCAUUUCGGGAGCAGGGCUUCACUAGUCGACCGUGUUUCCCAGAGGACCAGAAUCCCACUUCAAGUCCUCGUCCUCGGCGAGUGGUCACGAUCAUGCAUUGCGCAGCGCAUGUCCUGGGCGGCCGGGCGGCAGACCACGAGACCGGAAGAUAUCGCGUACUGCCUCCUCGGCAUCUUCGGUGUCAACAUGCCCCUUCUUUACGGAGAAGGCGGCGAGCGGGCUUUCUUCAGGCUUCAGGAGGAGAUACUCAAGGAAUUCGACGACCAGUCCAUCUUCGCUUGGGACGCCUCGGGCAUUGACGAGACCUGGGGCACGAUUGGAGCGCUGGCGCCGUCCCCGGCUUACUUCGCCGACAGUCUCGAUGUCGAGGCCAUCCCGUUCAUGGGCCGUCCGAUGUCUUCUACGAAAAGUGGCGGUUCUGUCGUGUACCUAUGGCGGUGACUUGAC